AUGGGAAAAAGUCGAGUGAGAAAGUCAAGAGAGAAAGUCGAGAGUAGCCAAAAGUCAAGAGACAAAGUCGAGGGUGGCCAAAAGUCAAGAGACAAAGUCGAGGGUGGCCAAAAGUCAAGAGACAUAGUCGAGGGUGGCCAAAAGUCGCGUAAGAAAGUCAAGAGAGAAAAAAAAGGUGGCCAAAAGUCAAGAGACAAAGUCGAGGGUGGCCAAAAGUCAAGAGACAAAGUCGAGGGUGGCCAAAAGUCAAGAGACAAAGUCGAGGGUGGCCAAAAGUCAAGAGACAUAGUCGAGGGUGGCCAAAAGUCGCGUAAGAAAGUCAAGAGAGAAAAAAAAGGUGGCCAAAAGUCAAGAGACAAAGUCGAGGGUGGCCAAAAGUCAAGAGACAAAGUCGAGGGUGGCCAAAAGUCGAGAGACAUAGUCGAGGGUGGCCAAAAGUCAAGACACAAAGUCGAGGGUGGCCAAAAGUCAAGACACAAAGUCGAGGGUGGCCAAAAGUCAAGAGACAAAGUCGAGGGUGGCCAAAAUUUGAGAGAGAAUGUUGAGGAUGGCAAAAAGUCGAGAGACAAAGUCGAGUUUGGCUAA